AUGCUGAGUCUCCGAGCGGUCGCUGCGCCCAUGCGGCGCCAAUGCCUUGCAACAGCCCCCCGAGCCGUCGCAACCCUAUCCUUCCAGAACCAACGAUACUACUCCGCAGCCUCGAGCAAGGUCGCCAAGUUCAACGGUGUGAAAGAUGCCAGUGGCAACUUCCCAGUCAGUAUAAUUGAGGGUGACGGUAUUGGUCCCGAGAUCUCUCAAGCAGUCAAGGAUAUCUUCAAGGCUGCCGGUACGCCCAUCAGCUGGGAACCCGUCGAUGUCACACCCACUCUGGUAAAUGGAAAGACUAGCAUUCCCGCCGACACUAUCGAAAGCAUCCAGAGAAACAAGGUCGCCUUGAAGGGUCCCCUUGCCACACCCGUCGGCAAGGGCCAUGUCUCCCUUAACCUGACCCUCCGAAGAACCUUUAACCUAUUCGCCAAUCUGCGACCAUGCCGAUCCGUUGCUGGCUACAAGACCCCUUACGAUAACGUCGACACCGUCCUGAUCCGAGAGAACACCGAAGGUGAAUACUCAGGCAUUGAGCACGUUGUGGUGGACGGUGUUGUUCAGAGCAUCAAGCUCAUCACCCGAGAGGCCAGCGAGCGCGUUCUGCGGUUUGCUUUCCAGCAAGCUGAGGAGAUUGGCCGCAAGAAGGUUCGCGUCGUGCACAAGGCCACCAUCAUGAAGAUGUCGGACGGCCUGUUCCUCAAGGUCGCCAGAGAUGUGGCCAAGGACUACCCCAACAUCGAAUUCGACGCCGAGUUGCUGGACAACACCUGCCUGAAGAUGGUUACCGACCCGGUGCCAUACAACGACAAGGUCCUUGUCAUGCCCAAUCUGUAUGGUGACAUUCUCUCGGAUAUGUGCGCUGGUCUGAUCGGUGGACUGGGUCUCACGCCCUCGGGCAACAUUGGUGACGAGUGCUCCAUCUUCGAAGCCGUCCACGGAUCCGCCCCUGAUAUCGCUGGCAAGGGCUUGGCCAACCCUACUGCCCUCCUCCUCAGCUCCAUGAUGAUGUUGAGACACAUGGGCUUGAACGACUACGCCAACAGAAUCGAGAAGGCCGCAUUUGAUACCCUCGCCGAAGGAAAGGCCUUGACCGGUGACCUUGGUGGAAAGGCCAAGACGCACGAGUUCGCCGCUGCCAUAAUCUCCAAACUGUAG